AUGAUGAUACCAUAUCCCUCCAUCUCGCUGGCUUCUUGGGUUUUUUUUAUUUUUUUUCUCUUUUCCCAGAAAUUGUAUUUUGAAGAAAACCAAAAGGAGAACGUGUUCUGGGUGUGGCUGCAUGUGAUUUACCCAAUAGCCAAAGUGGGGGGGCGCCGAAGGGGAAAAGCAGAGCGUCUGCUGCUGAAGGGAGUGGAAGCUGAGGGCUACAGGAUGAAGACCUCUGGAACCCGUAUACUGUUUUGUGUCUUAACACUCUUCUUGUCCCCAGCUGACUGGUUUCCAUGGAUGGUCAAUGGGCAAGAACCAGAAACUGCUACUGGUGGAGUUCCCCCUGACAGCUCUGGUGCAGCUGCCACACCACCUGUGCCUCUUCCUCCUGUUCAGUCUGACAGCGAAACAGCAACAGCUUCAUCAGACUGCCGUGAGGAAAAGUUCCCCUGCACUCGCCUGUACUCUGUUCACAAGCCAGUAAAGCAGUGUAUCAGCUACCUCUGUGUUACAAGUGUGCGUCGCAUGUACGUAAUAAACAAGGAGGUGUGCACUCGCAUUAUCUGCAAGGAGAACGAGGUCAUGCAAGAUGAGAUCUGUCGCCAGCUGGCUGGCCUUCCUCCUCGACGCCUCCGCCGCUCCGGGCAGCCCCUGCCUCUCCCUUGCAGACAGCUCCUGGAGCAGCAGCGCAGGCCUGAUGCUCUGUGAGCACCAACUGUAGGAGAGGAGAGGGAAGAGAGAGAAGAGAAGGCAUCAUCCACUACCUACAGUCCAAGACAAGUGCUUCCUGUUUGUGAUUCCCCCAUUAUUUCCUUGCUUCUGUGCCUUCUUCUACACCCUCUUCUUCAGGUGCUGCAGGGCACAAAGUACCCUCUCUGCCAAUCUGUCAUGGUAGCUGUUGUCAUCUUUAUAAUCUAUUACUGAGAACAGGGGACUCUCUCCUCUUUUCUCUCACACUCUGCCUGGCAGGCUGUGAGCUGCUCAUUUCCCAGAGGUCCUUAUAAAUGUGCUGCACCUUCUCUUGCUUUGCCCCUGGAGAGAGCCAGAAAUGGGGGCAGGAUGAAGCCCUCCCCAAUGGUACGGAUGCCUUAAGCUACAUCUCAUCUCACCUUCAUGCCCUAGGACUCCUGCCCUAGGUUUCUUGCCUGGCAUCAGCAGGAGCUCAGAUGUGGUUGGUCAGCCUGAGCCUCUGAGAUUCUCCCAAGCCACUGAGUUUGUUGUGUGAUAGCACAUUCUCCUCCUUGUGUCUGCUGGCCUCAGGGAAGUGACAGAACUGGGAGAUGAGCUAUGAGCUGUCCUGAACCCAAGGCACCCCUCACUGGGUGGCAACAGAUCAUUUAUAACUACCUCUGGGAAGUUUUUGUCUCAAGCCCAUUGCCUCCCUCACACACAUCUCCUACCAAAAGGAAAAAAUGUGGAUUUAGUAUGGCAUUAUAUUUUUCUCAAAAAGAUUAUGUUGGAUCAGAGUGCUGCAUCUCCUCUCCUCUCCUCUCCUCUCCUCUCCUCUCCUCUCCUCUCCUCUCCUCUCCUCUCCUCUCCUCUCCUCUCCUCUCCUCUCCUCUCCUCUCCUCUCCUCUCCU